CGUAUUUGAGGCGCAUCGGCGAGCACCACCAAGGCUCCCCUGUCCCCCGACGGAUGAGGAAGAGGAAGAGGAAGAGGAAGAAGGUGAUCCAGCAGAUUCUUCACAGAGCUGGAAGAUACCAGGAUCUCCUCACAUGCUCGCAACCCAUGACGCCACGCAUUGUCGCUGAUAUCGGCAAGAAAAGCAUCACAAAGCCCUGGGAUAUGCUUGCCAUUGUAGCUAAUAGCUGCGGGUACGCCAUUCGCUUCAACGCAGAGAAACUGAGAAGGAGCGAGGCGAGCUUGAGCCUCUCCAUACUCGCUCAGUGCUUACUGAAUGGAGAAGUCCUGCAUAACGGUGGCCGGCCAAUUCCUGAGGCAGCCGACCUCACUCUCCCAGAGUACCUGGAACGAGCUCUCUUUUCCGGGUUUUACCGAAAUACCUCCAAAUAUAACCUCACAAUCAACAAAAGCUGUCGCUUUAUUGACGCUAGCUUCUCCGAAUCCGGAAUUCACACCCAUGGACACUUCUGGAAGCUCGGCAAGGUCAUCAACACCCGCAACUGGCCAGAUCAGGGCGCACGGCUGGACGUCACUCACGGGAAACUUGAACUAAUCCAGCGCAGACGACUCGCCUAUAUGACGAAGUGGUUGGAGAAAGAAUGUCACGGAAAUCUUGCUGAUAGCAUCCGCAAUUAUCUCAGCCGUGAUACUAAGCUCGCUGGGGUCUCGGAGAAUCAAAUGUCAUUCACAGAGUUGUACAUGCACGCAAUGGCCGUGGAGAUCUCUGGCGCUAUCGAAAGGGGCGACCCGCUGGCUCUCGGCUGUCUUUGGGACACUAACGGCCCCGAGACAUACAGCCCCUACAUGGCCGUGUUCGCCCGUGGUGAUAGAGACGGGUACGACGGCGAAGUCUUUGCCUUCACAGCUUCACGUCCUGAGGAUGCCAGCUCUGAUGAAUUUCAUGUCAAUGACCUGGAUCGGCACGUCUCAUUUGAGGUCGCUGUGGAGGAAAAGAUUCAGGGUCAAACCUGGCUGGUACCAACACUGAGAAUCAGACGAUGGCUUCCUGGCAUGAGUUUCUUCAGGGGGGUACCCAGGGAGGAAGUUGUGUUUCCGUGGCCGAGUGAUCUGAAGGGGAUCAUAGCGUAACGUUUCAACCGCUCUUCAGUAUCGAGGACAUUUCGACUUUGGGGGCUCCUCGCAAAAUCUGUACCAUUUAAUCCAUCUUAGUCACAACUAUAGGCCAAUCUCUAGCUAGAGGUCGAGUGGCACACAGGUGGUUGAAAAUCACAACUGCCCC